GCAGGUUUCCAUCACCUUGUCUGUCCAACUAGCUGUCUCAUGAGGCAUGACCCGUGUUUGAAAACCAUGCUACCUAACUUCUCUAAGUGAUUGUGAUCAAUAUCCUGUAAAGCUGCUUAAAGUUUAUGUUUCAGCUGCUCCCCAGAUUAACAGUAGAUUAAGAGGAUACAUCAUAUAUGUAUAUGGUAAUCAACAUAAUUUUUUGGGAUGCAGAAGGUGAAACUCUUUGUAGAUAUUUUUCUCAAUACCUAGGUACUUCCGCCGAGCACAUUAGACAUUUAAUAUUCUGUAUCUUGGAGUUAACACUAUACUUACUUUAUUCAGUUACCAUAGUUAGUUUAUUAUUUCUGAAUGUCGUGCAGACUAGGGUUGUCAAGAAUUUAUUUGUUGUGGGCUAUUAACAACAAAUUUCUUAUUGCAAAUGUUUGUGCUCAGUUUGACAAGUUUUUUGAUUUGUACCAACAUUGGUGCUUGUUCUCACACUAAGCAUGUUCCUAUACCAAGUACGCCUAUCCUUGGUUCAUCAGAGUGACCACUAAGUUGUGGGAUGCAAGAUUAAUGAGAAAUGGUGCAUGGAAUUGAUUAUUGAUUAGUGAUUGCUGGACUGUGGAAACUCUUCAAAUGUCAUUGAGAAUGUGUGCAACUAUGUUCCCAGUAUUAUAAAGAAAAAUGCUUGUAGAUGAUAUCGGUGACGUAACGAUCACUAAUGAUGGUGCCACAAUCCUAAAGAUGCUUGAAGUUGAGCAUCCUGCUGCCAAGGUGCUUGUUGAGUUGGCAGAAUUACAAGACAGAGAAGUUGGAGAUGGGACAACGUCGGUGGUCAUCAUAGCUUCAGAAUUGCUUAAGAAAGCCAAUGAUUUAGUGAGAAAUAAGAUUCAUCCAACAUCAAUAAUUAGUGGUUUCAGGCUGGCUAUGAGGGAAGCAUGCAAAUAUGUUGAUGAUAAACUGGCUGUAAAGGUUGAAAAACUUGGUAAAGAUUCUCUUGUAAACUGUGCCAAAACCAGCAUGUCCUCAAAGUUGAUUGGUGGUGAUAGCGACUUCUUUGCAAGUCUGGUUGUGGAUGCUGUACAAUUGGUAAAGAUGACAAAUGCAAGAGGAGAAGUUAGAUACCCAAUCAAGGGAAUCAAUAUUCUUAAAGCCCAUGGGAAAAGUGCCAGAGAUAGUUAUCUACUAAAAGGAUAUGCUCUCAACACAGGGCGUGCUGCACAGGGGAUGCCCCUGAGGGUUGCCCCUGCCAAAAUUGCUUGCCUUGAUCUUAAUCUUCAAAAGACAAAAAUGCAAAUGGGAGUCCAAGUUUUAGUCACUGACCCCCGGGAGUUGGAAAGGAUUCGUCAGAGAGAAGCUGAUAUGACAAAAGAACGCAUUGAGAAGCUUCUUAAGGCAGGAGCAAAUGUUGUUUUGACUACCAAAGGCAUCGAUGACAUGGCACUUAAGUACUUUGUGGAGGCUGGUGCCAUAGCUGUCAGACGUGUUCGCAAGGAGGACCUGCGCCAUGUUGCUAAGGCAACUGGUGCUACUGCGGUCUCAACUUUUGCAGAUAUGGAAGGGGAAGAAACAUUCGAUUCAUCACUUCUAGGCUAUGCAGAUGAAGUAGUGGAGGAACGUAUUGCUGAUGAUGAUGUAAUUAUGAUAAAAGGGACCAAAACCUCAAGUGCGGUUUCUUUGAUACUUAGAGGUGCCAACGACUUCAUGCUUGAUGAGAUGGACAGGGCGUUGCAUGAUGCUAUAUGCAUUGUGAAGAGAACUCUGGAAUCUAAUACAGUGGUUGCUGGUGGAGGUGCUGUUGAGGCCGCUCUAUCUGUAUAUUUAGAGAAUCUGGCAACGACCUUAGGAUCCAGGGAGCAGUUGGCCAUUGCAGAGUUUGCUGAAUCGCUAUUGAUUAUACCAAAGGUUCUCGCCGUCAAUGCUGCUAAAGAUGCAACUGAAUUGGUUGCUAAACUACGAGCUUACCACCAUACAGCACAAACUAAGGCGGAUAAAAAACAUUUAUCAAGCAUGGGUCUAGACUUGGUGAAGGGUGCCGUCCGCAACAAUUUUGAUGCAGGAGUCAUUGAACCUGCCAUGAGCAAAGUAAAAAUAAUUCAGUUUGCUACUGAAGCUGCUAUUACUAUCCUUCGGAUUGAUGACAUGAUCAAGCUUUUCAAAGACGAAAGUCAGAAUGGGGAGGAUUGAAUUGGGUUCUAGGUGAUGUUUGUAUGGCGUUUCAGUCGACCACCUAUCAUCUCUUCACAGGGAGGUUGUGUUUUUUCAUUACCUAUUGAGAUGAUUUUGAACCUCCCCCUCACAUAAAGUUGGGGGAAAAGUUUUGUGGCUUGUGGAACAAUUGAGACAUCACAUUUUGAACUAGUGAAACUAGGGUCAGUUGGCAACUUUUUUUAUUUUGUUUUCUUCUACUAUUUUGAUAUGUUAUUAAUCUUUUCCUUA